AUGGACCAGCUCCUGGCUGCCUCUGAUCCAGCCAAUGCCUUGUCCCAGGUGGCUCUACUGAGCACCCAUCUGACAUUCCACGAGGACCACGUCAGAUGUUCAGAAUUUGGAUUGCUGCACUCUUAUUCUUUGGCACAUCAAGAGGCCAUUCAGUCUUCCAGGCUCCUGGGCUAUUUCAUUCUCUUUGCUACUCAAACCUCCUUGCCCACUACAUUCUUGGCUGAUGGUCUUGUUUCCUAUUUCAAUAAGAAAAUGGAAAGAGAGAGAAAAGAGACUAUCCACAAGCUCCCAGCACCACAUCUAUCCAUCUACGUGAAUAUACCUGCCCGAAAAGAAGUUUGUUAUGAAAGGCUGGGAUGCUUUAAAGAUGGUUUGCCGUGGACGGGGAUUUUGUCAGGACAUUUGACAGGUUUACCCUGGUCUCCAGAGGAGAUAAACACUCGCUUUCUGCUCUAUACUAUUCAUAAUCGUAAUGCCCCCCAGGAGAUCAGUGCAGUGAAUUAUUCAACUAUCCAAGCCUCCUACUUCAGAACAAACAAGAUGACUCGUAUCAACAUACCUGGGUGGAAAACAGAUGGGAAAUGGCAGAGAGACAUGUGCAAUGUGUUGCUACAAGCGGAAGACGUGAACUGCGUUAAUGUAGACUGGAUUAACGGUUCACUGGAAUACGUCCACGCUGUAAACAAUCUCCGCGUUGUCGGUGCUGAGGUGGCUUAUUUUAUUGAUAUCCUGGUGACAAAAUUUGGAUAUUCACCUUCUCAAGUGCACUUGAUUGGCCACAGCUUGGGAGCGCAUGUGGCGGGGGACGCUGGAUCAAGGACACCAGGCCUCGGAAGGAUAACUGGGUUGGACCCAGCUGGGCCGUAUUUCCAUGACACUCCAAAGGAAGUCAGGCUGGACCCCUCAGAUGCCAAAUUUGUCGAUAUCAUUCACACAAAUGCAGCUCGCUUUCUCUUUGAGCUUGGUGCUGGGACUAUUAAUGCCUGUGGUCACCUUGACUUUUACCCAAAUGGAGGAAAGUACAUGCCCGGAUGCGAUGACUUGCUAACACCUUUAUUUAAAUUUGAUUUCAGUGCUUAUAAGAAAGAAGUAACUUCCUUCUUUGACUGUAACCAUGCCCGGAGUCAUCGCUUUUAUGCUGAAAGCAUUCUCAAUCCGGAUGCAUUUAUUGCUUAUCCUUGUAGAUCCUAUGAAUCUUUUAAAGCAGGGAAUUGCUUCCAUUGUCCCGAAGAAGGUUGCCCAACAAUGGGUCACUUUGCUGAUAGAUUUCACCUCAAAAACAUGAAGGAUGAUAGACCAUAUUAUUUUUUAAACACAGGGACUCUUUCCCCAUUUGCCCGUUGGAGGCACAAAUUAUCUGUCAAACUCAGUGGAAACAAUGUCACCCAGGGGAGCGUAUUUCUCCGUGUAGGCGGAACGACUGGGAAAACGGGGGAGUUGGAGAUAGCCAGUAGAAAACUUAAGCCAGGCAUGACUUACACAAAAUUAAUUGAUACAGAUGUUAACGUUGGAAACAUUACAAGUAUUGAGUUCGUUUGGAAGGAGUAUUCGUUUGGAUAUUCUCAGAAUAAGUUGGGAGCAAAAAUGGUGAUAGAUAUAUCUGGAAAAUACGGAUAUGAAUCUACAUUCUGCAGCCAAGACACUGUGGACCCUGAUAUUGCUCAGAUUCUUACACCGUGCUCAUCCCAGAUACAAUUUUGA